AUGCCGGGGGCAUCCCCAGGACUCACCAUCCCGGUGGACAUCCCCCCCUUCCGCUUCCAGCCCCGCCGGGUCGGCGUGGACUGGCGUCGCUUCAGUGCCCUCGACGUGGAGCGGGUGGCCCGGGAGGUGGACGUGGCCAUGCUCCAGGAGCACAUCGCCAACGUCACCUUCUGCAACCUGGAUGGGGAGCGGUGCCCCCACUGCGGGCAGCCGGCGGACCCCGUCCUGCUCAAGGUGCUUAGGAUGGCCCAGCUGAGCAUCGAGUACCUGCUGCACUGCCAGGAGCGCCUGGGGACCAGCCUGGCCGUGCACACCCAGUGCCUGCAAGCUGCCCACGCCGAGCUGGCUUGCACCCAGCAACGGGCGGCAGAGCAGGCGGCGCAGCUCCGGGGGGCAAAGGAGGAGAGCAGGAGGUGGAAGAAGCUGAUUGCCGUGCAGCAGCUCCUCCUGCAACCUGGCCCCAACGCCUACUGCAAGUGCCACCUCUGCGAUAAAGCCUUCAUGAACGACUCCUUCCUGCAAGCCCACAUGCAGCGCCGGCACGCGGAGGCCACCGAGGCGGAGAGGCAGACGAUGAAGCAGGUGGAGCAAAUGGAGGACGAGGUGGAGGAGCUGAAGGCGAAACUGCGGGAGACGCAGCAGCAGCUGGAAGCGGAGAGGGAAGCGGAGAAGCGGCGCAGGGAGCAGGAAACAGAGAGGGCUCGCCAGCAAGAAGAGGAGGGCAGGAGAGAUUUGGAAAGGUGGAAAGAGGAGGAGAGGACAAAGCUGCAUGAAGAGAUAGAUGGCCUGAGGCAGCUCUUCCUUGCAGCGUUCAAGGACAUGGCCAACAGGAGCAGUGCCUUGGAAGGGAAGCUGCAGGAGCUUCAGGCCAGAGAGGCGGUGGAGUCCAACCUGGGGACCCUGCGGGACGAUGACACCGAGGAGGCACGGUGGCGGGCACCAAGCCGGGCAGAGCGGCGGGGCGAGCGGGAGAGGAUGGCAGUGCAGAUCAAGCUGCUUUCUGCAAGCAAACCUGAAGUGACCCGGGAGGUGACCAAAGUGGUGGCUGAUGAAGAGUCAUCAGACAGGGAGGAUGCCACCCUGGGCGGGAAGCAGAGGCUGCUGGAAGCCCUGCGGAGAAACCCAAACCUCCUGAAGCAGUUUCGCCCCAUCCUGGAGGAAGUGCUGGAGGAAAAGCUGGAGAGCAUGGGGGUCAAGAGGGUUGCGAAGGGAAUUUCCACUCGGACAUACAAAAGCCUCCAGGCUCUGGUCAAGCUUCAGCAGCAACAGAAGGCUGAGAAAUUUCCCGGUCUCCUCCACCUGAGGGACAAGUUGGUCCGAGCAGUGAUGGGAAAAGUCAGGCGAUGCAAGAAGCCCAGCAGUGCUUUGCCUCGACAGCUCUCCGUCAUCCCAGCUCAAAGCCCGAAGAGCCCCAGGUCCUUUCGUGGGUCACAGCCCAUGGCAAUACCAGCUGCGGUAGAGCCUGAAGCCUCGGUGAUCCCUCAGCCCGCUCCUCGGAGCAGAGCCCGCUCCACCCACAGCCCCCCGAGGACUCCCUGGGGCACCCUGCGGACCUCCAAAACCAGCAGCCCCCACCGAGGACUCGUCCCACGGCGGAGCUCAGAAGCGAUGCUGGGAGGGAAGCAGCGCACCCCGUUCCCCGUGAGGCUCAGCCCUAAACGAGAGCCAGCGCUCUCCGCAGUGAUGCCGGGGGAUGAGACUGACUCCGACGGGUCGGACCUGGACUCGCUGGAGGAAACGGCUGGUUCAGGGACAGCCACAUCCACGAUGGUGAGGCUCUUGGAGAGACGCCUGGACGCAGUGGCACAGAGACCGCCUGGCAGGGUGAAACGCUUCCCAGCUGUGAGCUCGCCAUCGCCCAAAACCAGCCAGCCCACCAAGAAACUCCAGUUUGCCAGUGACAGCAGUGACCUGGAGACCUCCUCCCUGGCCGAGCCACCGCUGAUGAUGCUUGGGGGACCACCUCGGUCCCAGGGGAGCCGGGCUGCAAGGGGACCCAUGGUGGUGACAGGGAAGUGA